AUGGAGUACGGAAUUGCUGAUUUGAAGGACGAUUUGAAUGGCAGUGAUUGGUCAAUCACAGCACGUGUACUAAACAAAUCCGAUAUUCUUACAUUUAAUAAUGGUAAACGUUUUACAACAAUAUUAUUUGACAAAAAUAGUGAAAUAAGAGCUACCGCUUUUGGAGACAAUGUUGACCGUUUAUUUGAUCAACUUCAGGAAAAAAAUGUUUACAAUAUUAAAAAUGGAGAAAUAAAAAAAGCAGACAAGGCAUACAACAAUACAAAACAUGAUUAUGAAAUUAUUUUUAAUAGUUCAACAAUUAUAAAGACAUCUGGAGUUACUGAUAUUCCCAGUUAUCCACAGCUUAAAACAAUUGAAAAUGUUUUUACAAUGGACCUAGGCACUUUUAUUGUUACUAUUGGAGUAAUAACGGAGAUAGAAGAUCCACAGGAAAAAAAUGGUAGAUACAAAUUAAGAAAUAUCAUACUAGCAGACAGUACUGGCAGCGUUGCUGUUACUCUAUGGGAUACAAAAGCUACUGACUUUAAUGCCAAUGAAGGGGAUAUUAUGUCAAUAAUAGGAGGGAAAGUUAUUGAUUACAAAAAUGUUAAGAAAAUAAAUGUGACUUUAUCUUCAAAAGUCGAAUUUAAUCCUUGUUGGAAAGAAACCUCCGAUCUCCAAAACUGGUACAAAGAAUUUGAAAAAAAAAAACCUUUAAAUCCAUCUCAAGUGUCUGUCGGUUCUCAAGAACUUCAUAUGUUUGAAAGUUCUCAAAGUACUAGUAAUAAAACUGAAUACGAACGUUUUUUGGAACAAAACAAAAUUGAUGAGGAUUUGAUGUCUAAAGAAUACUGGAGCUGA